AUGGAAAACAGCUCCGCGGAGAUGCCGCAAGACAUGAGCCCGGCCCCUUCAUCUACUGCGACCCAGAGGAGAGGUGGUCAAGGACCCGCGGGGGACAAUGCUUCGGCCUCGAAAAGGCGCUGUGUUAGCACCGCCUGUAUUGCCUGCCGCAGGAGGAAAUCAAAGUGUGAUGGUAACCUACCCAGUUGUGCCGCCUGCUCUUCCGUAUACCACACGGCUUGUGUCUAUGACCCGAACUCGGACCAUCGCAGGAAAGGGGUGUACAAGAAAGACACCGACACUUUGCGCACGAAGAACGCCACCUUGUUGACGCUGAUCCAAGCUUUGCUCAACUACGAAGAGGAGGAUGCUUUCGACUUGGUCCGCCAGAUUCGGUCGUGCGACAACUUGGAGGAUGUUGCGCAAUCCAUCCUGGGGCAACAGAACAAGCCUUCGCUGGCCUCCGACACCCCUGUCGCUAGCGGGGACGAGGCCGAUCAAUUCGAGUCGGAGCUGUCGGGCAAGAUGAGUGAGCUUAUGUUGGACGGCUCUCGAAAACUCAUUGGCGGCACUUCCAACCUCAUUUACUUGCCACCCGGCUCAGAGCUAAAUGAAUUCAAUCCCAAUGCCAACCACCAGGAGCUGGGCCGGGGUGUUGACGCCUCAGUGUCCCACUGGACCAGAGUCACUGAUGAUGAGAAACUUAUAAGCCAUCUUAUGAAGAUGUACUUCACCUGGCAUUAUCCAUUCUUCACGACUUUGUCGAGGGACCUUUUCUAUCGAGACUAUGUUCGCGGAGUUUCGAGUCAGUAUUGCUCUUCUCUGCUGGUCAACACGAUGCUAGCGCUUGGCUGCCAUUUCAGCUCCUGGGAAGGGGCCCGUGAAGAUCCGGGUAAUUCGGCGACGGCCGGCGAUCAUUUCUUCAAAGAAGCCAAGCGGUUGUUCUUCGAGAACGAUGAACAUGCGAACGCGAAGCUCUGCACCGUCCAAGCAUUGGCGCUGAUGUCUGUACGCGAGGCUGGAUGCGGGCGCGAGAGCAAAGGUUGGGUCUACAGUGGAAUGAGUUUUCGUAUGGCUUCCGACUUGGGCUUGGACUUCGACUCUACCAGCCUUGGAGUGCGUAAUCUCAGCGAAGAAGAGAUAGAUGCGCGUCGGAUCACUUUCUGGGGAUGCUUCCUCUUUGAUAAAUGCUGGUCCAACUACCUCGGCCGUCAGCCGCAGUGGACUGUUGGGGACAUUGGUGUUUCCAUGCCGGAAAUUUUCCCGAACGAGGACGCUGCAUUGUGGUCAUCGUAUACGGAUGCUGGAGUCGCUGAGGACCAGGCUCAGCCUUCGCGGAUUCGAGCAAUUGCAGUACAGAUAUCCAAGCUCUGCCAGAUCAAUGGUGACCUGCUUGUCUUUUUCUACGAUCCCAAGCCUAAGGACAAGCUUUCUUCUAAACAAGCGGAGCUCAAGAAACUCAGUGAGAUCCACACUAGACUUGAAACCUGGAAGAAAGAUUUGCCCAAGGAGCUCGGGCCCCAAGAUGGACAGCUUCCUCAGGCGCUUCUUAUGCACAUGUUCUACCAGCUCCUUCUCAUACACCUCUAUCGCCCGUUCCUGAAGUACACCAAGUCCACAUCUCCGCUUCCUCAGCAUGUCUCGCCUCGAAAGCUCUGCACUCAAGCAGCUUCCGCCAUCUCUAAACUUCUGAGGAUGUAUAAACGCACGUACGGAUUCAAGCAGAUCUGCAACGUUGCUGUAUACAUGGCUCACACCGCUCUUACGGUGCAUUUAUUGAAUCUCCCCGAAAAGAAUGCCCAGAGAGAUGUCGUACAUGGUGUUCGGCACUUAGAGGAGAUGGGCGAGAGCUGGCUUUGCGCACGCCGUACGCUCAGGAUUCUAGAGAUCUCGGCCAACAAAUGGCAUGUCGAAUUACCCGCAGAAGCCGUCGCCACUUUUGAAAGUACACAUGUUCGAUGGGGGUCCUGGGGUUCCUGGGAUCAGGCUCUGUCUCCUCCGGCAUCAGAAGAUUCUCCGCCAACGAUAUCUAUGUCGUACCCUGAUUCGAAUUCCAGGGGGAUUGGCCUCCCCAUGCCGCCACGGCACGCUGUCAUGGAGGGUCACGGUGGCAACUACAUGCACAAAAAAUCGGCCACCACGGUCGGAUCAAUGGGUUCUCAAUUGUUACCGGAUCUCCCCGUUCCUGUCUCCGCAUCAGCCAUGCGUGCUGUUCAGCGGUCCUUGAACGCCCAACUUGCUCAAGAGCCCGCCCGGCUCCCUGAGCCGACAUACCUCCGGCCCGUCGCUCAUGCCUAUGCGCAAUACCGCAAUGUGCCCGUAUCCCAGGCUGAUAUGUGGUACAACGAUGAAAAUAUUCGUGCGUUCAGCUCUGUACAGGAUAACUCUCCGGCAACCACGACUUCGCCGGCCAACGAGUAUGGUGGUUCGGAAAAUUUGGUGGAAGAAAGCCAGGAUUGGUGGUCUCGAGAGUCACACCGGUUUAACUUUGGAAUGGACAACUGGGUGUCGGAUUGGAAUCCUAACAUGCCAGGCAGGGCAUCAGGUGCGAAUCCAGGUAGCAGCUAUCCACUAAACGUUGGGCAGACGUCGGGGCCAGAGAGCGCUUCGAACCCGCCACCACCCAUGAGAUUUGCGGUGGGUGCUCCAUCUGGCACCAGUAAUCCGGAUCACUCUCCCGCAAUCCCUGACUAUAAUAACGUGCCUACGUCGGAAGCAUACCCCAGGCAGUGA